CUCCUCUAAGAGAGGAGAGAGAGGACAAAGGUCAGACGAGAGAGAGAGAGCAUGUUCUCUGCAAGUGCUCUUCCAACGUCGAAAGCAGAAUUACGCCUGAAACCAGUUCCAAAGCGAUUUCUUUCUUUCGGUCGCUUCGUUGAUCGUUACUGAUUCAGAGAAGAUUUUGGGAGCAGAAAUCGAGGAACAAGAUAAAGGCUUAAAGGUCCAAAAACCAAAUCGGUCCAUAACGGUUCAAUCUAUUCGUACGAAAUGGUUUUACUGAUUCCUUUUAGGUAGUGACACCCCUAUCUAGGGGGCAUGGAACGUUUUUAGGAACAGAAGAAACACAUGGUUGAAAUGACAAGUGGUAUUAGCGUUCAUCAUGUAAGAAUCAUCUUUAGGGGAUUGGUUUAGGAGGAUUCAAGUGCUCCUUACCUCCGGCCUCCCUUACCAGUCAUCCCAUCUACGGAUUUAAGAAGGAAAAUCAAGAAGAGCAAAGGGGUGUGGUUUGGAUGGAUAGAGUUUGUUGGCCGUACUUCGACCCCGAGUAUGAAAACUUGAGCCUUCGCAUUAAUCCUCCAAGGGUAUCUAUAGACAAUGCAACUUGCAGGGAUUGCACACUGAUUAAGUGUUUCAUGUUAUUGAUCAGCAAGGAAACAAGGUCACAGACUCUAGAACCAUUGAACACAUAGAGAAGGCUUUAGGACCAAAGGGUCACACUGUGGCAACAGAUGGGAUGAAGGCUUGGUCAGGGAAGAGGGUGGGUGUACAUUCCAUUGGUGAUCAUACAGCCAUUGAGCUCAUUGGCAGGGAUCGCCCAGGUCUCCUAUCAGAGAUCUCUGCUGUACUCACCAACCUCCAUUGUAAUGUGGUUGCUGCUGAAGUAUGGACCCAUAACAUGCGUGUAGCAUCUGUUAUUUAUGUCAAUGAUGAGACCACAGGUUGUGUCGUCGAGGACCCAAUCCGAUUAUCAGCAAUGGAAGAGCAGCUCAAGAACAUCCUACGCGGGUGUGAGGAUGAUGGGAAAGCAGCUCGAACCAGUUUUUCCAUGGGCUUCACCCAUGUGGACCGCCGUCUCCACCAGAUGAUGUUCGCUGCAAGAGACUAUGAAGAUGAUGGGGUGAUAGAAGAUAAGUCCUAUGCCCCUGCAUUCCGGCCAAUUAUCACAGUUGAACGGUGUGAGGACAAGGGGUAUUCGGUGCUGAAUGUUCGAUGCAAAGAUCGGCCAAAAUUGUUGUUUGACAUAGUUUGUACACUAACAGAUAUGCAGUAUGUUGUCUUUCAUGCUUCCAUCUCAUCCAGUGGCCCCUAUGCAUUACAGGAGUAUUAUAUACGUCAUAUGGAUGGUUGCACACUUGAUACUGAAGGAGAGAAGCAAAGGGUCAUCAAGUGUCUUGAAGCUGCGAUUCGAAGGAGAGUAUGUGAGGGUCUGAGCUUUGAAAUUUGUGCAAGGGAUAGAGUAGGGUUGCUGUCCGAAGUAACUAGGAUUUUUCGUGAGAAUGGGUUGACUGUUACAAGAGCAGGUGUCACAACAGUUGGGGAGAAAGCCAUGAAUGUCUUCUAUGUAAGGGAAGCUUCUGGGAAUCCUGUAGACAUGAAAACCAUUGAGGCACUCCGUAAACAAAUUGGACACAAUAUGAUGCUCAAUGUGAAGAAAGUUCCAGCCAGUGCUGAGGCACCUGUGUCCACUGGAUGGGGGAAGACAAGCCUCUUCUUUGGGAGUCUGUUUGAGAGAUUCUUGGCUUGAAACAUGUUCCUUCACUCACAUAAACCUCUAUGAAUGUACAGAAUAGAAAAGGUAUUCAGAAAAUAAUGUGGAAACAGCCAAAAGGCUCUGUUUAUAUAUAUAGGAUAAAAUACUUGAUUAAUAAUGUUCUGUUUUGGUCGAUUUAAACAGAUACAAUUUUACAAUUAGUGUUUUUACGGAGUA